AUGUCGCCUUUCUCUUGCAGCAUUAUCUCUCUCCCAUACGAGGAUGUCGACGACGAAGUGUCGUAUUACUCGCAUCGCAAGGCUUCGCGCAACCUAUCGCACCGCCCUUCCAACACCAUUUCCCCCUCCCAUCCCUUCCCAUUGCUCUCGCUCCCUCCCAUCCCUUCCCGUCGCUCUCGCUCUCUCCCAUCCCUUCCCGUCGAUCUCGCUCUCUCCCAUCCCUUCCCGUCGAUCUCGCUCUCUCCCAUCCCUUCCCAUCGCUAUCGCUCUCUCCCAUCCCUUCCCGUCGCUCUCGCUCUCUCCCAUACCUUCCCGUCGAUCUCGCUCUCUCCCAUCCCUUCCCGUCGCUCUCGCAUUCUCCCAUCCCUUCCCGUCGCUCUCGCCUUCUCCCCUCCCAUCGCCAUCGCGCUCACGUUCCUCCCUCCCCUCGCCACCGCGCUCACGUUCCUCCCUCCCCUCGCCAUCGCGCUCACGUUCCUCGUCUCCCUGUUUGUCUCCCCUUCCCAUCCUGUCGUUCCGUCUCUCCCCUCCCAUCCCGUCAUUCUAUCUCUCUCCCCUCCCAUCCCGUCGUUCUAUCUCUCUCCCCUCCCAUCCCGUCGUUCCUCCUCUCUCCCCUUCCCAUCCCGUCGUUCCGCCCCUCUCCCCUUCCCAUCCCGUCGUUCCACCUCACUCCCCUCCCAUCCCGCCGUUCCGCCUCUCUCCCAUUCCCAUCCCAUCGUUCCGUCUCUCUCCCCUCCCAUUCCGUCGUUCCGCCCCUCUCCCCUUCCCGUCUUGUCGUUCCGUCUCUCUCCCCUCCCAUCUCGUCGUUCCUCCUCGCCUUGUCCAUCAUUUCUUUUUUCCGUUCGUUAUUUUUUUCUCAACUCCCUAUUCUUUCGCCUCGACUACAAGUCUAAGGAAACACUUUUCUCGCAUCUCUGCUAG